GAAUUAUGGUAUUAAAAUUCAUCUUGCUCUCUUGAAAGAUCUUUUGAAAUGAGAACUGCAAAGGUAUUUUGAUUAAGUUGUGUAUAUCCACUUAACAGAGUGGAAAAGUUGUAUAUGAGGGAAGAGAACUAUGUUUUCUUUCCUUUUUUAUUUUUUUCAUAAGCAGCGUGGGAUAGAAAAAGCUCUACAACUUUAUGACUCUCCAGCUAAUCAUCUCAAGAGCUUUGACAAACUCACUUCAGUUCUGUGUAAAAUCAGAACUCCUAAAACGCCCGGGCGGGCUCUGCUCUCUCCCCCUCCCCUCCGCAUCGUGCAGUCUUUCUCACAUGCACACUACUCAGAGGCAGGAAAUGCUUGCAGGCAAUCUGGGCCUGGUGGUGGAGGCCCCUUUCGCAAAACAUCAGUCUGAAUUUAGUAGACAGAAGUCACUAGGAACGCCUUGACAGACUCCUGCUUUAGCGAAGGCUCCCUCCAGCUGCAGAGGCUGUUUUUGUUAGAAUCACACACUGCGUAAAACUGCUUAGAAUAGAGCAAUGAUCUCAACCACGAAAUGUGAACUUAUAUUUUGGAGAAACUAACGGGGACGGACUUCUUUCCUAGCCUGAGUGUUGAACAAUGUCAUGCCUUGGAGUUUCAGCUCCUCGAUCUCUAGGUGGUGAACUGACAAAACUCACUCUCUUCGUCAAUCAGUGAAUUUGAGGUUAUAAUUAAUGAAGCUCCAUCUCCUCUAGUCUCAUAUGGAACGUGUCUCUCUAUCUGUUGUUAAACUACGAUGACAUGUCUGCAGCUAUCAGAAAGAGAAGCUGGGAAGAACAUGUGACCCAAUGGAUGGGACAGCCUUUUAAUUCUGAUUCUUAUAACGCAGCAUGUCAUCAUGGACUAGUAGCUGACAGCUUGCAGGCAAGUAUGGAAAAAGAUGCAACUCUAAAUGUGGACCGCAAAGAGAAGUGUGUUUCACUACCAGACUGCUGUCCUGGAUCAGAGCUGAGAGAUUUUCCUGGGAGGCCAAUGGGUCACAUUUCAAAAGACGUAGAUGAAAAUGACAGCCACGAAGGUGAAGAUCAGUUUUUUUCUCUGGAGGCCAGCACGGAAACACUAGUGCACAUUUCUGAUGAGGAUACCGAUUCCGAUCUAUACCUUACAGAUGAUAAACAGAUUUUAACUACCCAAGAGCAUAAAACAUCAGACCAAUGUAGUGUCAGAGGAGCAGGCUCCUUGGUAAAGACACUGUCCAUCAUGGAAAGUAACGAAGAUUCUUAUAACUCCUGGGGAACGGCUGGUGGAGCUGAUUUAGUGCUAGUAGAAGAAAAGGGGGAGAGAAAAGUUGUUGACAUUAUAAGUAAAGGCCUGGAGCUUUGCAAUGAUAUAAACUUAAGUGAAAUAAAAGAUGCAUCCAAAAUAGAUGCAUGUGAUUCUUUGAAUGUGAAAGAUAUUGUGCCUGAGAAGCAAUUACUUAAUUCUGCUGUAAUUGCUCAGCAACGAAGGAAACCCGACUUCCCUAAAGAUGAACAUGAAAGAAACACCUGCAGUGUAGUACAAGAGGAGUUCUUGGCUAUUCCUUGUACAGACAGAGGACUGCCAUUAUUAAAACCAGAUUCUGGAAACUGCCUUCUGCAGCCUCUUUCUUGCCCUAGGGGAAUGUUAGCUGAAAAUGGCCUGGAGAAGAGUGGUUUCUCAGAACAUCAAAACAAAAGUCUUCCAAGGGUCAACUCAGGAGAUGGUAUGCAGUGUUUACACUUAAAGGAAACUCUGGCCACCCAGGAACCCGCAGAUAACCAAGUCAGACUUCGCAAAAGAAAGGAAAUAAGAGAAGAUCGAGAUAGGGCGCGGCUAGACUCCAUGGUGCUGCUAAUUAUGAAACUGGACCAACUUGACCAAGACAUUGAGAAUGCUCUCAGCACCAGCUCCUCUCCGUCCAGCACACCAACGAACCUGCGGCGGCACGUGCCUGAUCUGGAGUCAGGAUCUGAGAGCGGAGCAGAUACCAUUUCAGUAAAUCAGACUCAGAUAAAUCUGUCUUCUAACACUGAGUCCACUGACCUGCCAUCUUCCACAGCAGUGGCCAAUUCUGGAACCAAACCCAAGUCUAUGGCUAUUCCAGGUAUUUCAGAAAAGGAAAAGGCUGGUAAGUUGACAUUUGGUCUUAUUUUCCUUCCUAUCAAUUUUAGAACAAAAUUCCAUCUUCAUAUAGACAUGUCAUUAAAUAUCUAAAAUGUGUAAAUCUCAUCAGUCUCUGGGCAGAUGUUAUUGUUGAAUUCCUGAAAAAUGAAUUUGUUUUGCUCAAAAUGUAAGAAGAAAAAUGUAGUUUUUCUAAUUGUGUUAGAAUAAGAUACAUGCUUCUUGUCGCUUUACUACAAAUUGUAACUGUGACCACAAGUUUUUUCUUGAGGAAAAGAAUUAGGUGUUGUUCAAUGUACUGGAGAAUGGCCUUUGGAAAUUAGUUGUUAAUAAUUAUCAAGAUUUGUUUCUUAAUCUUAAGUAGCUUAUUUAGUAGUCAUAGAAAAUGAUGUACUUGUUUAAAGCUGAUGCUUUACCAGCAAAAAUAUAAUUGUGAAGCAAUAUGAAUAAUCGUACUGAAAAAAGUAUAAUAUUUUUCUAUGCUCUGUGCUAUGAUUAUAACUGUUACCAGUCUUAUGGAAAAAUAGAUAAGAAUUGAUGAGAAACAUGGAAAGAUGAAAAAUUAGAUUUGAAUUGGUGGGAUCAUGCACUUUUUAAAAAUCUAUUGAUCUUCUUCAAUAUUGUCUUACAUUUUCUGUGUAAUAAUAACAAUAUUUUAAAAAACAGAUUAAAAGUACGCUACCAAACUCGAAGCACAUCCUUUAGUUCCUGGACAUUUGUGAUUUUUAAGAGCCAUAUUAAAAGUUUAUAGUAUCCUCUAAAAGAUGUCCCAACUUCAAGUGACUUUACACAAAAGGAUUAGAGUUUGUCUGAUAUGAUUUUUAUAGUGAGGAUGUUCUCUUUCUAGUUUAGUGAUUUCAUUUUUGCCGCUAGAUAGUUUUCACAAAAAGUUUUCAUAGUUUAUAUCCUUCCAUGAGCUAAACUUUUCCCUCAUCAUAGGCUGUGUCUGGUUUCUUCACUGUAAUAUGCUGAAUGGCAACCCUUCAGAAUAGAAGGAAAAUAUUGAGCUGGAAUCAUGUGUCAGUUGAAGAGAAAAACUGCUCAAUUUAACAAUGCAGGGCUAUUGAAUGGAUUAAUAGCAAACAUUAAACAAAUUCAUCUUACAGUUCCAGAGCUCUAAUGUCUUAAAUAGGUCGUGUUAACUAUCUAGUUAGGACAAGAAAUAAAUGGUUCAGUGAGUAUUUGCUUCACAAAGAAAAAGAAAUUUAGCCAAAGUCGUGCUUUAUCUUGGGUUGUGACAUUCUCUGUGUAAUUCCCAAGACUGGCUGCGAUUUAAGUAAAGUAUAUAACAGGGCAAAGUUGUCAUCUUACUCCAGAAUCUCAGCAAAUUCUUUCAGAUUCCAAGGAGAAAAUCAGGAGGUAAAUCAUGACUGGUGGGAAAGGGGAAGAAGGAAUGGAAAUGCCAUUGUGUGAGGGAAUGGAGAGGCCAAGAGUUUUCUUCUCCCUCUGCUAUUUAAAUGACUUGUUUGACAGGAGAAGCGCUUCAUUUUAUCAAGCUUCUCAAAUUUUUAAAGAUAUUUGUACUAAAAUGAAGGACUAAUUAAACAGAGAGUAUAAAUAUAAUGCAACCACCACUUAUGAUCAUAAUCCUGGAAAUUUUCCUCUUCAAGAACCACAACCAGAAAAAGACAGGAAAUUAAUUGUCACUCUUUAUUUAGCAAUCUCUGUGGUCAUUUCUAUGCUGCUGGGGCACAAAUGGAAAAGGGUGAUAAAUUUCAUUCACAGAGGUUCCUAAGAUGAUCUGCUAAAAGUAGGAUCCACCUGGGGCUGGCCCCGUGGCCGAGUGGUUAAGUUCGCGCGCUCCGCUGCAGGCGGCCCAGUGUUUCGUUAGUUCGAAUCCU